AUGAGACUUCCACACACUACCACACACUUCACACACUCCCACACACUCUCACACACUACCACACACUAUCACACCCGCACCUCCUCACACCAGAACCUCCUCACACCAGCACCUCCUCACACCAGAACCUCCUCAAACCAGAACCUCCUCGCACCAGAACUUCCUCACUCCAGCACGUCAUCACACCAGUACCUCCUAGCACCAGAACCUCCUCGCACCAGCACCUCCUCACUCCAGCACCUCCUCACUCCAGCACCUCCUCCCUCCGGCACCUCCUCACACCAGCACCUCAUCACACCAGAACCUGCUCGCACCAGAACCUCCUCACUCCAGAACCUCCUCGCACCAGAACCUCCUAGCACCAGAACCUCCUUGCACCAGCACCUCCUCACACCAGCACCUCCUCACACCAGCACCUCCUCACACCAGAACCUCCUCACUCCAGAACCUCCUUGCACUAGAACCUCCUCACUCCAGAACCUCCUCGCACCAGAACCUCCUCACUCCAGAACCUCCUCACACCAGAACCUCCUAGCACCAGAACCUCCUUGCACCAGCACCUCCUCACACCAGCACCUCCUCACACCAGAACCUCCUCACUCCAGAACCUCCUCAGACCAGCACCUCCUCACACCAGAACCUCCUCACACCAGCACCUCCUCAGACCAGAACCUCCUCACUCCAGAACCACCUCACUCCAGGACCUCCUCAGACCAGCACCUCCUCACACCAGAACCUGCUCACUCCAGCACCUCCUCAAACCAGAACUUCCUCACACCAGAACCUCCUCACACCAGGACCUCCUCAGACCAGCACCUCCUCACACCAGAACCUGCUCACUCCAGCACCUCCUCAGACCAGAACCUCCUCACACCAGAACCUCCUCACUCCAGAACCUCCUCACACCAGCACCUCCUCACACUAUAACCUCCUCACACCAGCACCUCCUCA